AUGCCAUUAGCCGUCAACGCCGAGGAAACGCAACAGCACUGGGCAGGUGCAGAGCUGUUGGUGUGUGCUGUGAUCCAGCUGCUGCUAGUGAAUGUAGCCUACCGCAUUGACUGUAUGCGUGAGGCGCCGCUGCUGUCGACGUCGUCGUGGGCCAUUUCCUGCGGCCUCGGGAGUGGUGCAUUGCUCGCUCUUGUGUCAAAAACGCGUGUCCACGACGCGGGGUUGGACCCACAGAUCCUAUUUUUAGCUCUCGUGCCACCCAUUAUCCUCGACGCGGGUUUUAACACCCAGCGAAAAGGCUUUUUUAGCAACUUUUCGGCUAUUUUACUGCUGGCUAUCGUCGGCACGUUAGUAGCGACAUUUGCUACUGGUGGCAUUCUCAUUUGGCUGGGCGAAAGGGGCGUCAUCACGCAAUUAAAGUCUGCAGAGGCGUUUCUCUUUGGAUCGCUCAUCUCUGCCAUUGAUCCUGUUGCGACGCUCGUUGUGUUUCGGAAAUGUCGAGCGCCGUCGAUGCUAUUUAACCUCGUGUUUGGAGAGAGCGUGCUGAACGACGCCGUUGCGAUUGUUGUCUUUACGCUGUUCCAGAACCUCAUAAAAAGUGGCAAUUCGGACGUGAAUGCUCAAGUAGCGGUGGGUAUGGUCGCCAGUUUGUUGAGUAUCAUUGUGGGCUCGGUCGCGCUGUCCGGGGUCAUUUGCUAUUCGUCUGCCUACUUCUUACGCCACUCGGAUCCAGCACUGCGUCAAUACCCGAUGUACGAGAUGUCCAUCAUCUUGCUGAGCUGCUACGCUAGUUAUUUGGCAGCUGACAUUUUUCAGCUCAGUGGACUGCUGGCUGUUUUCUUUAGUGGCGUAUUCAUUCGACACUACCACAUGUACAACAUCUCGGAGACCAGCGCGUUCGCUUUCAAACAAUUGCUCUCGACGAUGUCGUUCUUGGCCGAGAAUUUCAUCUACUUGUACCUCGGGUUGAGUGUCUUCGCGUACCAAGAUUUUUUUGUUUGGGACUGGAGCUUUAUCCUCGCAACAUUUGGUGUGUGUCUCAUUGCAAGAGCUCUCAACACGUUCCCGCUGUGCUACCUGGCGAACUGCAGACGGUCGGAGCGACAGAAAAUUCCGUUCAAGUACAUGGUUGUGAUUUGGUUCUCGGGGCUGCGCGGCGCCAUCGCCUUUGCUCUGGUGCUCAACGUGUCGACUGACAACCCUAUCCAUGCAGCGAUUCUCAAGAGCUCAACACUUUUCCUCGCGUUGUUUACAACUGUUUUCUUCGGCAUGGCAACGGGUCCACUACUUCGCAUUCUGAAGCUUACGGGCGAUCCUGAGCAAGACGUGUCUACCAGUGAAGUCGUCGACGUAGUCGAGACUCCCGCUGAGAAAGAAGCGCUCGUGAGUCCUGCGCUGUCUCCGCCCAGCUCUUGGAGUGUACACAGCAAGUGGAUUGAACUCGACGAGAAGUACCUCAAGCCCAUCUUCGGUGGGAAUCCUCGUCGUCCAAGAAGGGACGCUGACCAAGUGAGAUAUUCGUCAAUCGAGGAUGAUAGCUAA